AUGGAGGACCACAUCCGACAGAGCAUUUCCAACCACCCCAGUCCCUUUCAGCACUUGACGAGCAGCUCCCCUCACCCAUCCCAGCGCUCCGAGAGAAUGACGCCCCGCUCCUUCGACGAAGGUACAUCCACGGGCAUUGAGACCGAAGACCCGGCCAUGUCCCAGCAGCAACACCGUCACACCGGCACUGAUGAAGAGGGCAAGCCUCCACCACGUUACACCCCCGAGGCCGACCCUUUCCACCUCGCGUCGAAACUCAAGACUGAAGAAGAAAUCCGCCAGAUCAAAGCCAAUACCGGGCGCAAGCGUGAUGGCACCGGCCCACGGAUGAUAGAGAUGGUGCGGGAUACUGGUGCCAAGGGCAAACAAGCGCUCAUCACCCGCAAACUGCAGGGCUUCUACGAGGCGCAGAACGAGAACAUCGAGCGCAUGCUCAAGCCAGUCGAGGAACACGUCCGGGCCGCGCGGGAACUCAAUGCCGAGAACAGUCUCAAGUACAAGAUCGCCGUGUACGCGAGUUUCGCGGCGAACAUCGUCUUGUGUGUUGUACAGGUAUACGGUGCGGCCUCUUCCGGCUCACUGUCGCUGUUCACUACCAUGGCUGAUGCUAUCUUCGACCCCAUGUCGAAUUUGACGUUGCUCCUGUGUAACAAGGCUGUUAACCGGGUCGACCCGCGCAAGUUCCCCGCCGGCAAGGCGCGUAUCGAGACUGCCGGUAAUAUCUGCUUCUGCUUCUUGAUGACGGCCGUCUCGUUCAUUAUCAUCGCGUUCUCAAUCCGUGAGCUUGUCGCUGGCUCGGAUACUCUUCUCGCCCCGUUCCACUUGCCCUCUAUCAUUGCGGUGGCUGUCGCCUUUGUCACAAAGCUUUGCCUGUUCCUGUACUGCUUUGCGCUGCGCAACCAGGUCUCUCAGAUUCGCAUUCUGUGGGAGGACCACCGCAAUGACCUGCUCAUCAACGGAUUUGGUCUGUUGACCUCCGUCCUCGGUUCCAAAAUCCGCUGGUGGAUUGACCCGAUGGGCGCUAUCCUGCUGUCUAUCUUGGUCAGCGGACUCUGGAUGCACUCUGCCUAUGGCGAGUUCCAGCUGUUGGUCGGUGUGACUGCCGAUACCAAGAUGCAGCAGCUGAUUACCUAUAUCUCCAUGACCCACUCCCCUCUUAUCACUGCCAUCGACACCGUUCGCGCCUACACCUCUGGCCCUCGUCUGCUCGUCGAAGUCGACAUCGUCAUGGAGGACUCGGCCUCUCUCCGCGCCACCCACGAUGUCGCCGAGGAGCUGCAGAUGAAGCUUGAGUCUCUCCCGGAUGUGGAGCGUGCUUACGUGCACGUUGACUACGAGACUACCCACAAGCCGGAGCAUUUCCUGAAGAAGGAGCUUUAA